AUGGCCAGGAGAGGUAAGAAGCCCGUGGUUCGAACGCUGGAGGAUCUGACGCUGGACUCGGGUUAUGGUGGCGCGGCAGACUCGGUGCGCUCCUCCAACUUGUCCCUGUGCUGUUCCGACUCUCACCCGGCGUCCCCGUAUGGCGGGAGCUGCUGGCCGCCUCUAGCUGACUCCAUGCACAGCCGGCACAACAGCUUUGACACCGUCAACACUGCCCUGGUGGAAGACUCCGAGGGGCUGGACUGCGCCGGCCAGCACUGCUCGCGGCUGCUGCCGGACCUCGACGAGGUCCCCUGGACCCUCCAGGAGCUGGAGGCGCUGCUGCUGCGCUCGCGGGAGUCGCGGGCGGGCCCGGGGGCCCCCGGCGGCCUGCCCAAGGACGCGCUGGCCAAGCUGUCGACGCUCGUGAGCCGAGCGCUGGUGCGCAUCGCCAAGGAGGCGCAGCGCCUGAGCCUGCGCUUCGCCAAGUGCACCAAGUACGAGAUCCAGAGUGCCAUGGAGAUCGUGCUGUCCUGGAGCCUGGCGGCGCAUUGCACGGCGGCCGCGCUGGCCGCGCUGUCGCUCUACAACAUGAGCAGCGCUGGCGGCGACCGCCUGGGCCGCGGCAAGUCGGCGCGAUGCGGCCUCACCUUCUCCGUGGGCCGCGUGUACCGCUGGAUGGUGGACAGCCGCGUGGCGUUGCGCAUCCACGAACACGCCGCCAUCUACCUGACUGCCUGCAUGGAGAGCCUUUUCCGGGACAUCUACGGGCGAGUCGUGGCCUCCGGACUGCCCCGGAGCUGUAGCGGCCCCAGCUCAGGCCCGGGUUCCAGCUCAGGCCCGGGCUCGGGCCCCGGCGCGGCCCCCGCGGCGGACAAGGAGCGGGAGGCGCCCGGAGCAGCCCCGCCGGCCGCCGCCGCAGCCAACCACCACCAUCACCACCUCCACGCGCUCCAUGAGGCGCCCAAGUUCACAGUGGAGACACUGGAGCACACGGUCAACAACGACUCAGAGAUCUGGGGGCUCCUACAGCCCUACCAGCACCUCAUCUGCGGGAAGAACGCCAGCGGGGUGCUGUGCCUGCCAGACAGUCUGAAUCUUCACAGAGACCCGCAGCGUUCAAGCAAGCCAGGGGAACUACCCAUGUUCAGCCAGUCGGAGUUGAGGACCAUCGAGCAGUCCUUGCUGGCCACCCGCGUAGGCAGCAUUGCAGAACUGAGUGACCUGGUGUCCCGAGCAAUGCAUCACCUGCAGCCCCUCAAUGCCAAGCACCAUGGCAAUGGCACCCCCCUACAUCACAAGCAGGGAGCACUCUACUGGGAGCCUGAGGCCCUGUACACCCUUUGCUAUUUCAUGCACUGCCCACAGAUGGAAUGGGAAAACCCCAACGUGGAGCCUUCCAAGGUCAAUCUCCAGGUGGAAAGGCCCUUCCUCGUGCUGCCACCGCUGAUGGAAUGGAUCCGGGUGGCCGUGGCGCACGCCGGCCACCGCCGCAGCUUCUCCAUGGACAGCGACGACGUCCGCCAGGCGGCCCGGCUGCUGCUGCCCGGAGUGGACUGCGAGCCGCGCCAGCUCAGGGCCGACGACUGCUUUUGUGCUUCUCGGAAGCUGGACGCGGUGGCCAUCGAAGCCAAGUUUAAGCAGGACCUGGGUUUCCGGAUGCUGAACUGUGGGCGGACGGACCUGGUGAAGCAGGCAGUCUCCCUGUUGGGCCCCGAUGGCAUCAACACCAUGAGCGAACAGGGCAUGACCCCUCUGAUGUACGCCUGUGUCCGUGGGGAUGAGGCAAUGGUUCAGAUGCUGCUGGAUGCCGGAGCCGACCUGAAUGUGGAGGUUGUCAGUGCUCCUCAUAAGUAUCCAUCCGUCCACCCCGAGACCCGCCAUUGGACGGCUCUGACUUUUGCUGUGUUGCAUGGACAUAUUCCUGUAGUUCAGCUCCUGCUGGAUGCCGGGGCCAAGGUGGAAGGUUCUCUGGAACACGGUGAGGAGAACUACUCUGAAACACCCCUCCAGCUUGCAGCUGCUGUAGGAAAUUUUGAGCUGGUUAGUUUGCUGUUGGAGCGUGGCGCUGAUCCCCUGAUAGGAACCAUGUACAGGAAUGGAAUUUCUACAACCCCCCAGGGUGAUAUGAACUCUUUCAGCCAGGCUGCAGCCCACGGACACAGGAAUGUGUUCCGCAAACUGCUCGCUCAGCCAGAGAAGGAGAAGAGUGAUAUCCUGUCCCUGGAGGAGAUUCUGGCCGAGGGGACUGACCUGGCUGAGACAGCCCCGCCCCCCCUGUGUGCCAGCCGCAACAGCAAGGCCAAACUGAGAGCCCUGAGGGAGGCCAUGUAUCACAGCGCUGAGCAUGGAUACGUGGAUGUCACAAUUGAUAUCAGGAGCAUAGGUGUCCCAUGGACUCUGCACACGUGGCUGGAGUCUUUGCGGGUUGCCUUCCAACAGCACCGCCGGCCCCUCAUCCAGUGCUUGCUAAAGGAGUUUAAGACCAUCCAGGAGGAAGAAUACACAGAGGAGCUCAUAACCCAAGGCCUGCCCCUGAUGUUUGAGAUCUUGAAAGCCAGCAAGAACGAAGUGAUCAGCCAGCAGCUCUGUGUCAUCUUCACACACUGCUACGGACCCUACCCCAUCCCCAAACUCACAGAGAUCAAGCGGAAACAGACAUCGCGCUUGGAUCCUCAUUUUCUGAACAAUAAAGAAAUGUCAGAUGUUACCUUCCUGGUAGAAGGAAGACCAUUCUAUGCCCACAAAGUGCUGUUAUUUACAGCCUCCCCAAGGUUCAAAGCGCUCCUCUCCAGCAAGCCGACAAACGACAGCACCUGCAUAGAGAUUGGCUAUGUGAAGUACCCCAUCUUUCAGCUUGUCAUGCAGUAUCUCUACUAUGGCGGCCCAGAGUCCCUUCUCAUUAAAAACAACGAGAUUAUGGAGCUUCUAUCUGCCUCUAAGUUUUUCCAGCUGGAGGCUUUGCAGCGACACUGUGAGAUUAUCUGUGCGAAAAGCAUCAAUACGGACAACUGUGUGGAUAUUUACAACCAUGCCAAGUUCCUUGGAGUCACAGAGCUCUCAGCAUACUGUGAAGGCUACUUUCUCAAGAACAUGAUGGUCCUCAUUGAAAAUGAAGCAUUCAAGCAGCUCCUGUAUGACAAAAACGGUGACGGGACGGGCCAGGAUGUGCUCCAGGACUUACAGAGGACGUUGGCCAUCAGGAUUCAGUCCAUCCACUUGUCCUCAUCCAAAGGGUCCGUUGUAUGAAAAGUCCAGUGCAGGGAAUGCUCCCCGAAGACUUCCCAGUUCUCCUAUUGCAUUG